CUGGUCCCUAAAUUCAAUAUCUGGUCCUUAACAUAAUGAAUUGAGCGCCAGAGAGAAAUUACUUUACUCUUUUUUGUUUUUUUGGAAAAAGAGAAAACUCUCCGUUUUUCCCCUCAAAUUCCCGCUCAUCUCUCUGGAGGGUCAAAGCAGGUUAUGGCACCUAGUAAGCAAUGGAUGCAACUUGUUGAUAAUCGACUUGAUGAAGCCUACUCAAUCGGGGUGCAAAAGUUUUUGGAUUAUGCUUUUAGAAGAACAGGGGAACUGUACGAAAUACGAUGUCCUUGUGUCAAAUGUUGUAACACAACUUUAGGGACACGUGAGACAGUUGAGUCACAUUUGAAAGUAUAUGGAAUAAUUCAAAAUUAUACUUUUUGGUAUCACCAUGGCGAAAUUUUAGGUGAGCCGCAGUCGGACUGUGAACUGAUAGCCCAUUGCCGCCAUCUACUCGAGAAAGAGCAUAUGCAAAUUGAUAUUCCAUUGCCUCCACCUAUUGAUCAAGGUUCAUCUACUACUGGAAAGGUAAAAAAAGUUCGAGGAAGGAACAAGUGCAAAGAAGUUGCGUCACUUGAAUUUGGACAGAAGCUGAAAGUAACAUUUUACAACAAUCGAACAGUUGGAAAGAAUAGCAAUCUGUUUUCAAGGCACUUGGGAAAAUUAGUUCGUGACCGUAAUUUGUGUCCAUUAGGAGUAUCAUCGUGGCAUGACAUUAAGGAAGAACAGUUAAAUCACAUGUGGGCAGCUGUUACGGAUAAAUUUGAGAGUGAUGACAUGGAUAUUCAUCGCGAUCAUAUCUUGGGAUGGAUGAAAGAAUUAUGGAACAAAUGGAGAGGACAGUUGCAUGCAAAGUAUGUGAAGGGUAAGCCAGUCCAAGAGGCUCUUAAUAAUAUGCCAAAGGGGCUAGACAAGAAACAAUGGGAGUGGUUGGUAACGGAACAUUUUUCUACAGAAAGUUUUCAGGCGAGAAGCAAUAGGAACGCAGCAAAUAGAGCUAAGUUGAAGAUGCCUCAUCAUAUUGGUAGCAAGCCAAUUAGAGAGAUUAUUUAUCAAAAGGGCGGAAAAGAUGGCAAACCACCAGAUUUGGCAACUAUUUUCUUUGAGACUCGCAAGAAGAAUAACACGCUUGUUGAUUCUGAAACAAUCGAAAAACAUGCUCAAAUCCAAGAAUUGGUGCAAUCCGAACCGUCUCUUCCUAGCAUAGAGAUUGUAGAGAAAUGCUUUGGACCUCAAAUUCGUAGCCAUGUAUUUGGAUUUGGGGGUGGAGUAAAGGCGAAAGACUUGAAAGGGGGCACUUCCUCAAAGGCUGAAUUACGGUUUGAACUAUGUUCAACUCGAGAGGAAAACAAAUCUUUGAAAGAUCGCUUGUGUACCAUAGAAAAUGAUGUGAAAGAACUGAAGCAGUUAAAAGAAUUGCUAUUAGCUCAGCACUCCAAUAUCCAGCCUCCGACAUUACUUAUUUCAGGAGAAUGACAAUUUGUUUGAUGAACAUACCAAGUUAGUAACAACUUACCCAGAAUGUCAAAAUAUUUGCAUGCUUGGUUAAUUUUUGAAGUAUGACGCAUACUCCUGGCUUCAAAAAAUGUAUAUACCAUGCCCGCCUGAAAGGGCUUCUUCGAUUAUACAUUUUCUUAAUUUUAGAAACUUUGUUAGUGUUAUAUAUAGCGUAGUUGAUGUUUUAUUAGUGAUCGUGGAGACCUUAUGCAAUUAAGACUUAAGAGUCAACUAGAAGUGACUGAUGUUAUUUGUUUCUUCAAGAAGUGUAGUAUACUUAUCUA